UAAAUCGCGCAUGCGCAGUGGGUGGAGACUGCGGAAGUCCUGACGGGAAGGUCUUUUUGUUUGGGCCGCACUGAGACUCGACACUCGCUUCAAUUCCCCCCUGGUUCACAACCGUUUUUUAUCUGCAUUCAUUUCGGUGUCUUUUAUGAAUAAUCAAAAGCAGCAAAAGCCAACGCUAACCGGCCAGCGUUUCAAAACGAGGAAAAGAGAUGAAAAGGAGAGAUUUGACCCUACACAGUUUCAAGAAAGUAUCGUACAAGGCUUGAAUCAAACUGGCACUGACUUGGAGGCGGUUGCAAAGUUCCUUGAUGCCUCUGGCGCCAAGCUCGACUACCGCCGCUAUGCCGAGACGCUCUUCGACAUCCUGGUGGCCGGCGGCAUGCUGGCCCCAGGCGGGACUCUCUCCGACGACAUGACCCGCACCGAGUUCUGCCUCUUCACGGCACAAGAAGACCUGGAGACCAUGCAAGCAUAUGCUCAGGUUUUUAACAAGCUGAUCAGGCGUUACAAGUACCUGGAGAAGGGAUUCGAAGAGGAGAUCAAGAAGUUGCUGCUGUUCUUAAAGGGGUUCACGGAGUCUGAGCGCAACAAACUAGCCAUGCUGACCGGCAUCCUGCUGGCCAACGGCAACAUAUCCGCCUCCAUCCUGAACAGCCUCUUCAACGAGAACCUUGUGAAAGAGGGCGUAUCUGCAGCCUUUGCUGUAAAACUGUUCAAGUCCUGGAUCAAUGAGAAGGACAUCAACUCUGUCGCCGGCAGUCUCCGCAAAGUCGGCAUGGACAACAGGCUGAUGGAACUCUUUCCUGCCAACAAACGGAGCUGCGAGCAUUUUUCUAAGUACUUCACCGACGCCGGGCUGAAGGAGUUGUCCGACUUCGCCCGCAACCAGCAAUCCAUCGGCGCCCGCAAGGAGCUGCAGAAGGAGCUCCAGGAGCAGAUGUCCCGCGGGGACCCUCAGAAGGAGAUCAUCGCCUUCACCAGGGAGGAGAUGAAGAAGGCCGGUCUCUCCGAGCAGGCGAUGAUCAGCAUCAUCUGGACCAGCGUGAUGAGCUGCGUGGAGUGGAACAAGAAGGAGGAGCUGGUGACCGAACAAGCCAUCAAACACUUGAAGCAAUACAGUCCUCUGCUGAAAGCCUUCACCUCCCAGGGUCUGUCCGAGCUCAGCCUGCUGCUGAAGAUCCAGGAGUACUGCUACGACAACAUCCACUUCAUGAAGGCCUUUCAGAAGAUCGUGGUGCUCCUCUACAAAGCGGACGUGUUGAGCGAAGAGGCCAUACUGAAGUGGUACACUGAAGCCCACGUUGCCAAGGGGAAGAGCGUCUUCCUCGAGCAGAUGAAAAAAUUUGUCGAGUGGCUGAAGAACGCGGAGGAAGAAUCAGAAUCGGAUGAAGAGGAGGCGGAUUAAAGCCUCCGACGCCAGAUGAGCUUUUUUUUAUUUUAUUUUAUUUUUAUUUUUUGUUUGUUUUUUACAAAUAGCAUCAGGAGCAGUAGAAUGUCUUUGCCCUUCUCUCUCUUCUACCUCCUGUUACUUAUUUACCCCCUGAUACCCCCACCCACCACCACUCCAAAGGUCCUUCCACUCCACAACAGAAAACUAAUAUUUAAACUAAAAAAAAAAGAGUGGAAACAUGAUAAUAAAACCUCCCCGUUUAUUUUUACUUUUAUUAUUAUUAUUAUUUUUGUUGUAACUUCUGUAAUUUGGAUUUAAAACUAAACAAACAAAAGAAAAAACAUUCCACGUGAUCUCGAUGGCUGCUGCUCGUCUGGAUUUAACGUUUGCCUUCACGCCAGCGAGAAUGAGGCCGACAUAAAUAAAAAAAAAAAAAAACGUUAGCGCAGUUUAGCCGAAGCUUCUUUUAUUUUACCAUCGUCCCCUUUUUUUUUUUUUUUUAUUUUUAUUAUUAUUUUGGCUCAUGUUCAGUCUUAAACUUUGCCUUUUUUUUUUUUUUUUUGUUUGGUUUUUGGACUCUUGGGUAAAAUCUGUUCUGCCUGUCGAGGCCGACUCCCCCCCCUCCUCCCUCCCUCCCCCCUUCCUCCCCCCUCCCUGGUAAAAAGCCUCGUCAGCCAACGGAUUAUUAUUGGUUUCUACUUUUCUUUAAAUCUGAUAUAAAAACCAAUUUGACUUUUUUAUGAAAUAAAAUAAAGAUUAUUGAAAUGGUU